UGCAGCGAAGAAGAACGAACUUCCGCUGAAGCUGUUUCCACGGCAACCCGACGGAAUCAGACAAUGGCGCCCGGGAGCCAGCCAAUCCUCUCGUCAACUCCUCUGCAGGUGCUCCUCUACCUCAACAGUUGGUACUUUGCUGCUUUCUACCUGGCAGAGAUCCUCAUGUUCAUCUAUAAAGGGAUUUUACUCCCGUACCCGUCAGAUAAUCUGGUCCUGGAUGUGGUGCUGCUGCUGCUCUUCCUCGCUCUGGAGGCCCUGCGCAUCUUUUAUGGCUGGAAGGGGAACCUGUGUGAGCGCUCUCUGUCCUCCUUUGUGUCCAUCUUCAUCCUGUUUCCCUGCGCGGCGUUGGCUGUUUACUACAUGCUGCUGCAGACCUUCGUCCUGCGGCUGGAGUUCCUCCUCAGCGCCAUCCUGCUCUGCUUCUACAGCCUCGAGUUCCUGCUCGGGCUUCUUUCCAUUUCAGCCUUCUCCAGGUCCAAAGUGUACUGAGGAACAAUCUGUGGAGGCUUACCCAGUCUGUAGACAGAAAUCCUUUUAUUUUCAUAAAGGUGGAAAUUUGAUGUAUAUUUAUUUUUUUUAAUACUUUUAUAAACAUUUUACUUUUAUACUUUUUUUUCUAAACCAAAGAUGCAUUGAGGUUGUUUAUGUUUUUGUAAAUAAAUUCUAAACUUUGUAAAUAUGAUCCAGGGAGCUAUCUUUAUCUUUGGU